AUCGGAGAGAGAGAAAGGAGAGAAGAAUUUUUAGAAGGGCAACAGAGAGUCCUCGUUCCCUCUCUUUCUUCGUUUUUAUUCAUUUUAGUUAACUGAAAAGGCAAGAAAAGGAGAAUCAGAGUGGAAGUAGGAGAGACUGGGAAGGAGGAGCAUACGGAGAGGGAGAAGUGCAAGACAAGAGGAGGCGAUCGUUAAUGGAGCAGGCGCCCUUGGCCAGACACGUCAUUAGAAAAUCCAAGCUCAGAGUAAUGUCGGGCGGUAGUUCUUCACUUUUUGAUCCCGACGUCAUCGAUAUCACGCCGCCGGCUGCUCAAAAGCUCAAACAUAACAAGGUUGUUCCCCAUGACAUAAUUGAAAUUGAUGAGGAUGAACCAUCUGAACUUUUGACCUUCAAAGAGACAAUUGACAUGAGUAACAAGGGGAAGGGAAAGGCAAUAAAAGAUGGAUAUGACAACUGGAAACAAAUCAUGGAUGCUUUGGCCAAUGAUAUUGUGUACCCAGCGACUGCAACAGAUCUUGGAUUGAUGAAUGAAGUUCCUCCGUAUCCUACAAGCAACUUUGGGCCACAAUCACAGAAUCCAGUCAAUAUAGAUGAUUUCGAGACUGAUUUAACAGAUUAUUAUGAUGAUGACUUGGUAGAUUAUGAUGAUAGUUUGACUUUGCAAGCUCAAUUUGAUGCCAUGGACAUCCCUCCUGGGGUAGAAGCAUCAAUCCCCUGGUUGGAUGACCAUUUAGAAGCUAAAAAGAAGGAAGCUACUACUAAAAUAGUCCCUGGAAUCUCAAGUUCUAGCAAGAAAGUGGAAGUGGAGGAAGAUGAAGUUCUGAAGAAGUAUAGACUAUUCAAACGAUUUGAUACUGUUGAAAAUUAUUCAGACCAUCACUAUGUCAAUAAAGGCUCAACAACAGAGAAGCUAACAAGUGCUUGGACAAAGAAAAUUCAGGAAGAGUGGAAGAUCCUGGAAGCUGGUUUACCUGAUGCAAUAUUUGUAAGAGUAUAUGAAGCGAGGAUGGAUCUCUUGAGGGCUGUCAUUGUGGGAGCUGCAGGAACUCCAUAUCAUGAUGGUCUCUUCUUCUUUGAUGUUUUCUUUCCUUCCAGAUAUCCUAGUAUUCCACCGGAGGUGUACUACCAUUCUGGAGGGCUCCGAUUGAACCCAAACUUGUACAAUUGCGGUAAAGUCUGCCUCAGCCUUCUGAACACUUGGCAUGGGAGCAAGAAUGAGAGAUGGGACCCGAAGAAAUCAACUGCACUACAAGUUCUGGUAUCUAUCCAAGCUUUGGUUCUUAAUGCGAAACCCUACUUCAAUGAGCCUGGAUUUGCAUCUACAGCUGGGCAGCCAUAUGCCGAACAGAUGUCCCUUGAGUAUAGUGAGAAUGCAUUUAUCCUUUCAUGCAGGACAAUGUUAUACUCGCUAAGAAAUCCACCAAAGCAUUUUGAGGACUAUGUGAAAGGGCAUUUCCGCAAAAAUGCACUUUAUAUUCUGGUGGCUUGUAAAGCAUAUAUGCAUGGUGCUCAAGUAGGGUGUCUUGUUGGAGGAGGAAUACAGGACGUUGACCAGGGUGACAAGAGCUGUUCAAUGAAUUUUAGGAAAAAUGUGGCUGAUAUUGUGAAGUUGCUUGUUCCGGCGUUCUCCAGAAAUGGAAGCAAGAACUGUGAGCAGUUCCUUCCUUCGAUAGACAAUAGCAAGGAGGGACAGAACAAAAUACCAAGUUUGGUGGGACAGAGUACAGCACUAACGUUGGCACUGCCUAAUGCCUCUAAUCCAACACUAAGUUGGGGAUUGCAUAUUUAAAGCUAGGAUCUAGUUUGGGUAAAUGGAACUGAGGUCAGUUUGCAUGAAAGGGCAUUCACUUGGAUGUCCCAGUUUUUGAUGGAAUAGGUUGUUGGCAAAUACUCUGAGCAUAUAAUUAUAAUUAACUUGUAAAUACGUGUAGAUAUGGCAGAAGUCGCAGCGUCUUUCUGGUUAUUACAUACAUAUUAGGAUUUGUGGGAUGUUGCAAACAUGCAAUUAUUCUGGAUUAAUUUAUAAAUUCAGCACUUUUUUUUUAUCUAA